CUUUGGUAAAAAUCCGACUACCUCCAUGAAAAUUGAAGUACUUACGAUAACUUGUUUUUUGUUUUUAUUCAUUUACUGAAGAUAUCAGCGUUAAGUAUUGUAAAUGUGGUUAAUUUCGAACAAGUUUAUAUAUCAUUAGUGCCAUCAAACCGUAUAGAAGUUGUAUCGCGAGUUCGGUUUGUAUGGAAGAGUAACCAUAAUGGGUGCAUGUCAAUGCAAAUGUUGUGUAUCUCAAGAAGAAGAUAAAUCAAAUUUAUCCGCUUACGAAGCUCCUAGUUCGAGUCGAAGUAAUAGUGUCCUAGGCAUAAAUACCACUUCACCUCUGAGCAGAGACCGAAGUAAUUCCAGUUCGAAGAAGAAAUCAUACACUCCAAAAUCUGUCGAUAAUCUCAUCUUGCAGACGUUGAAUAUAAUCGGAAAAUUAGGCCUUUCUGGUUAUAAUCAAGAACCUCCCGAUGCAUUGCAAAAGUUACAUAUCAUCGGUGAUCAAGAAGAAGGCUGGUUACAAAUAAUCAUAUCGAUGAUUAACAUAGUCCCAGUAGACGAUCCGCUCGGUCCAGCUGUUAUAACCGUAGUUCUAGACGACUGUCCUUUACCUAAUAAAGAUACCGUAUUGAGACUUUCGAAAAUGCUGAAUUUAUCGAAAUACGCUUCGUAUCGAAUACGAAAAGCGGUCCAUUACCAUCGGAACAUCUGCGUUAUAUUGGGAGUAUUGGCGGAAAAACUACCCGGACCAAGUAGCGUUGCGAUGUUGACACCUGGCACAUUGGAAUAUUUAAUUACCAACUUGGAUCAUAAGAAGGUGGAUCCAGUUAUAACCCUGUUCUCUUUAAUAGCUUUAGAGAAAUUUGCGCAAAUAACUGAAAACAAGAUAGUAAUUAAGAAUUACCUGGACAACGAUCCGAAAAACCCGUUAUUAGUAUUAGAAAAUUUAGUUAAAUCUGAAAACUACGUCGAAGCUCAAGCUGGAUUUUGCGCCAGGUGGCUUCUAGACAACAUAUUUCCUUACAAAGGAAGGAAAUAUUCGUACUUGACUGCUGAUAAUAAUAAACUGAACGCUAUGCUUAAUACAAGAGACACCAGCGAAUACUUGAAACUGUCACCGGAUGGAAUCGAAGCGAGAUGUGACGCAUAUCUAUUCGAAAGUGUUCGAUGUACGUUCCAAAUAAAUCACGGAAUUUGGUAUUACGAAGCAACCAUACUGAGCAGCGGUGUUAUGCAGAUUGGUUGGGCUACGAUAAAUUCGAUAUUUAGGAAUCAUGAGGGUUAUGGAAUAGGCGACGAUGAACAUUCCAUAUCUUACGACGGAUGCAGACAGCAAUUAUGGUAUACAGCUUUAAACGAAGCUAUCGAUACGAGACCUCCUUGGCAACCCGGAGAUGUUGUGGGAUGCUUGAUUAAUGUACCUGAAGAAUACGUUUCGUUCUAUUUGAACGGACAUUUGGUUACUAAAAAUAGCCAGUUGUUUACUACUGCAAGGUGUGGAUUCUUUGCUGCCGCUAGUUUCAUGACAUUUCAACAUUGUAGAUUUAAUUUCGGCCAUAAACCGUUCAAGUAUCCGCCUUUAGAUGUUAAUUUUUCAACGUUCAACGAUCACGGUUGUCUUUCAGAAAGUGAACGUUUAGUUUUACCUAGACAUGUACAGUUUAAACAAAUUCAGAACCUUAGUAUAUUAGAAGAUUCCUGUACGCUGUGUUUCGAUAACAAAGCUACAGUUUUAUUAGAACCGUGUCGGCAUAGUGGAUUCUGCCUCCAGUGCUCGAAACAAUUGACUCGAUGCCCUGUUUGUCGAACCGAAAUCGACGAAGUGACUGAAGACGAAACUUUAAUUAAUAUUUAGGAUAGGAUAGGAUAAUUAUUACACGCGGUUUAAUUCAUCGUGUUUCAUAUCAUUGUGAUAAUUUUAGGCGUAUUUAUUAUGCAUUUUACAAUCAAAUUUUUUUUUCUUCGGCCCCUUAUGUAUAUUUUUUUCCCUUUCGUAUGUUUGUCUUUGUACUAUAAUCGUGUUAUGUAUAUUUUUUCGUUCGUUUUGUUCGUUUUGUACGUUGAGUUUUAAAAAAGUAAUUUGAUUUUAGUAAUGAAAAGGACGUAUUAUUUUCUCUUUUUUUUUUUUUUAUUUAGCCAGCAUCAGCAUUUGAAAAAUGUGCGUUACCAUUUAUGAUAUUUUAUACGUGUAUGUAAGUAUUUUGUUAUUGUUAAUUUUUUUUGUAUUACGAUGUUGAAUACGUGUACAUGAUGAUUGAUGAUUGAUACCGGUAACGUUUGACGUUCUUGAAAAAAAAAAAGAAGACUAGAUUACACGCUGAAGGGUUAUGUCGAGUAUGAGAAAUUUAUAUAUCUAGUGCUAGUCAUGAUUCUCUUCGUUGAGUAUAUAUGAUAUUUAUUCGACAAAAUCGUUUCACUAUUGUAAUACUCAUGUGUGUACAUUCCUUCGUGCAAUAUACCUACCCUAUAUACCUAUAGUCAAAUAUAUAAGUUGUAAUAUAAUCUUAACACCGUAUUCGGCUCAGAGAGUUUGUGUAUAUGUACAAAGUGUAUUAAAUUUUUUUCCCCCGAUUCGAAGGCAUAUGGGUAGCUAGAUUGAAAUCUCGAGUAUUAACCUGGUUAUGGCCGCCAAUUUAGCAAGGCUUAUUGAUAGCUAAUAGCUUCAUCAUUACGUUUUUUCGUUUUUAUCUUCUUUUUUCUUUUUUAAAAAAAAUAUACGAUUAAUUUAUUUUUUAGUUAUGCUAUGGCAUUUAUUAUGUUUUUCCAAUUUCCAUUUGUGUGUAUGUGACUACAUAUAAUAUGAAGCAUUGAAUUGCUCCUCAGCUCUAAUAUUGUAUUUUUUUUUCUCUUUUUUCUUUCGUAUUAAAUUAUUAAUAUUAUUUAAAAGAAAACGUGUCUUUGUAAGAUUACCUAUGAUAAAUGUUGCUUUUUAUUUAUUUAUAAUAAAAUGCAAUUAUGUAUCGAGCA